AUGGUGGUUCAGGGGGGGGAGGACGAGCAAGCGGAAGGGUGGAGGGCGUCUCGCUCUCCAGGUGGUGGGUCAUGGAGGGGUCGGGAGAUGUCAGCGCCCUCCCUCGGUCAAAUUCCUGGUCCAAGCCGAGUAGUCCCCUGGGACGCUGCGAGGCAUCCCAGGUCACAUGUCCGGCCGCACCGGCCGGUCCUCGCUCCAGAGCAUGCCCUCCUCCCGCGACCGCUCGGACCCCGCCCACCCCCCGCCGCUCCAGUCACCGCGCCGCUGGGCGCAGAUCCUCGGACCGGUCGGCGGCGAUGCAGUGCUGCUCCAGGAUGGCAGGCAUGGCGGCCGCGGCUUCCUCCUUCCCCAGAAUGA